AUGGCGACAGUGAGCUGCUUCAUAGAGAAAGGCUUUGUCCUUUCAAGGAUCCUCCUAGGAGUAGAUUCAUCUCUUCUGGCCCCCAGCCUGUCCUCGUCUCUUCCAUACACCGUCAUUAUUAAAGGAGAAGAGAUUCCUUUGAAAUGUUCCAUCCCCGAGGGAUCUUCUACAGAAUUGUCCUUUUUCUACUGUUUUGAUCAAUCAGGCAUGCCAAUCAAACAUGCAGAUCUUCAUAAACAUACCUUCAUUCUGAAGACUGUGGAUUUGUAUUCAAACCAAACAAAGAUAGCAUGUACAUGCGCAUUCUUGGAACCAUCUGGAGGAAACCAAUUUUCUCUCAACAGUAACCAGCUGGUCUUCUCAAUCAUUGAUGUCCUCCCUUCCCCAGUGCUGAGAGUGGAUCUGUUGUCCCAGAAGGUGAAGGAAGGUGACCCCUUGCUCUUCCUCUGCUCAACGGAAGGAGGUAACCCAGAGAAGAAGUUCCAUUUCUACAAGGAUGGGGUGGAGAUCACCUCCAGCGAAGAAGGUCUUCUGGAACCUUCCAGUGAACCCACAAAUCCUCUUCAACAUGCCUCUCUGAGGAUCCUACAUGCCACAUUCAACCACACUGGGGAAUUUGCUUGCAGUUAUGAAGAAAAUAUAAAUGGACGCUGGAUCAUGACUUCUUGGAGUCAGGGAGUGAAGGUCACAGUUUGGACCCAAGAUUCAGACACUAUAUGGAGAUAUUCCUGGGCGGCGAUUCCUCUUAUAAUCCUGCUAGUUCCAUUUGCCUUUUAUUGCUGGAAGAAGAAGAGCAAAUCUCCAUCCCAGGGACAAUCUCAGAAAGAGGAAAGAAAUGAUGGAGUGAUGGAGCCUCAAGCAGCAAGAGCAGCUAUACCCUCGCCUGUCAAGGUUCCUCAGAUGCAGGAGAUUGAAUGUGUGAACAGUGCCCGUUCUUUCACUAAAUUUCCCCAAAACUCUGAGGUCGCCUACAGCUUCAUCCGAGACUCCUUCGCUCCAUCUCCUCUUGGACCAACAAGGAAGAACCGUCUUACACAACGGGAAAAAGAGGGGAUAUUGUACAAUGACGUUGUGUUCCAACCCAAAAGGAGGCAGCAAAGUCAUCUCUGAUAGCAGCAAAACGUGUUUCUCUUAGUCCAGUCUCUUAUUAGGCCUAGACAUGGACAUCACCCUUGAAGAGACGAUGAGGUGCAGCUGAGCUUCAACUUAUGGCUGAAGAGAAAACCCAUCAAAAAGUGGGGAGAUCUUCAGCACCAUCCUGUUCUAUGAGUCUUAGUGAUGUCCAGACUUGACCUUUCUGGGAAGAUUUCUGCUAUUGAACAAAUUGUUCUCCUUGUAAUGUACGUUUUGGUUUUGCCUUCUUCAGAAUUGCCACUUUAAUACAUUGGGGAAGGCUGGAAGAAAUGAUACAACAACAUAUUGAAUUUAAACCAGAGUUGUUCCUACUGGGUAUCUUUCCAGAAAAAAAUUAGUAAGGAAAAUGCAUAUUUGAUUAUACAUGUAAUAAUAGCUGCAAGAAUUGUGUAUGCUCAAAAUUGGAAAUCCGAGAAAAUACCUUUGGAAGAAGAAGUAAUAAAAAAAUUUUUAGACUGUGCAGAAAUGAAUAGAUUAACUUUGAUGAUUAAAGAUAAGGAGGAAUCAGACUAUUUUAAAACAUGGAACUAUUUUUAUAGUUGGUUGGAAAAGAGAUACAAAUGAUUGAUACUAUAAUUAUGUACAAAUGAUGAUUAUAAUAUUGAAUUUAGAAAUGAACUGUUAGAAUGGUUUGGAUGGAUAUGAAGAGAGAAGAAACUUAUGGAAGAUGGAAAAGAAGCCUAGAAGAUAACACCGAGACGUCACAGGGAAGGGAGGAUUGAUGUAUUAUGCGAGACCGCCUUCUGCCGCCAAUAGCCUCCACCGACCGGUUUGCUCGCACAGAGAGGGCCUCCUCAGGGUGCCGUCGGCCAGACAGUGCCGGCUGGCGACCCCCAGGGGGAGAGCCUUCUCUGUGGCAGCACCUGCCCUCUGGAAUGACCUACCCCCUGAGAUACGCACGAUAUCAGACCUCCGGACUUUUCGUCGGGCCCUGAAAACACACUUAUUCUAUCUAGCCGGGCUGGCUUGAUCCCAUCCUCUCAGUUUUAAUUGAAUUCGGUUUUAAUUGGGUUGUUUUAAAUUAUUUGGGCCAAAAUUAUUUAAUUGUUUUUUAAACUGUUUUUAAA